GCUAGUGUCAAUUAAUCACCGUUUUUCUGAAUUUUGUAUAUAUUUAAAAAAAAAAACAAUAAACACUAUAAAUGAAAAAUAAAAAAAAAUUUACUCUCGAAAAUAAAUUAUUAUUAAUAAAAGUUUAAUUUGAAUUUGACGAUUUGAAUUAUUCCCCGGACUUUUUCUAUAUGAGAGAAUAAUGUAUAAGUUACUCAAAAAGUGAGGUUAUAUUUUCAUUGUUUAGUUAUAAUUAAACAGAAUUUAACAGCAAAAUUUUGUUUAAAACACAGUAAUUAAAAGAAGGAAAAAUAAUUUUUCUUUUAUAAUUAGUAAAUUUUUUCAAUGCUGAAUAUUUUAUUCGUCAAAUUUAAUGAUUAUAUACAAGAAAAACAAUUAAAUUUAAUGGUGAUUUACGUGCGUCGAAAAAUAAAUUACUUUUACAUUCAAUAAUAAAGAGAAAUAAGACUGUUUUUCUGUUAAUCAAAAAAAUUCAAAUGUCGAUGAAAAACGAAAAAACCACAAAAAAUCUGAAACGUACAAGAGAUGAAGCAUCAUGGGAACGAAAUAAAGUUAAAAGCGCACGAAAUCUGGGACAAGCGUAUACAUCAAAAUCGGGUGUCGAUGUUGCCGAAAAGAAAUUUGUUCCAGUCGAAGAAAUAUGCUGCAAAAAGGAAUGUUUUCGUUUUGUUGAUGGCGACAGUCAACGAGAUUUAUUUGAAAGUUUUUGGAAAAGUGGCGAUUAUGUUCAACAAAAUGCAAUGAUUGCCGCUGGUUUAAUGAAAAAAAAACGACACGAUCCAUUGAGCGCUGAUUCAAAACGUGAAGAUUGGAAUUAUUAUUUUAGUCAUCCAUUAUAUGACGAGAGAGUUGCAGUUUGUCGAAAAUUUCUAUUAAAAUUAUUACAUCUCAGUCAGGGACGUUUCUAUACGGUUCAACAAAAAAUGCUUGCAGGUGAAAUUUUAAUUGAUAAACGUGGUAAACAUAAAAAGCAUGUUGUCAAAUUAACGGACAUGGUAAAAGAUUUAAUUCUUAAACAUUGCGAAAGUUUGCCACACUCAUCAGUGUGUUAUAAAACUGGUGAGGUAAAAAUAAAUUAUUUUGACGAUCCUGCAUUAAAUUUAAAACGAUUGUACGAAUCAUUUCUUGAUUAUUAUGCAGCUAUAACGGAAAAUAGUGAAAUUCCACUUAAUUUAAGUACCUACAGUUACUAUUUCAAUCAACAUGUCAAUUAUAGUUUUAGACCAUCAAUGAAAGUGUAAAGAAAACAAAGUCAGUAAUAAUGUUACACUAUUAUAAUAUUAAUAUCAGAAAAUAAAUAUUUUUUUUAAUAAAAUUUACAAUAUUUUCAAAUAGAAGAAUUUUUUUCUUAGUUUAGGAAAAAAAACUAAAUUCAUUUUAAUUUAUAUAAAUAUACAUUGUAAAAUUAAUGAUAUUAAUUAAUAAAUUAAUUCUUCAAUUGAUAA